AUGUUUCACCGCGUCAUCGUGGAGGUCUACUAUGACCCAAAGCAGGUGAAGAAGAUCAGAGAGAAGGGCGGCAAGCAGGUCAUCGUGCCGAGUAGCGGCGUGGCGGUGAGUGGGGUGAUUUUCCAGCCCAACUCUCCGCCAGAGAAGGGCCGUGAGCGCUUCGAGUCCUGGGACAACGAAUUGGAGGUGGUGCCCGAGACGGUGCGUCAGCGUCGCGAGGGACGCUUCAACGUCUUCACACCGGCACCCCCGCCGCCACCGCCAGCGCCGGAGUCCAAGGAACAAGAAGCUUUGAAGCAGUUCCUGGAGGAACCUGAGGAGGCAACCCCCCAGAUAGAGGCGCCGAAGAAGAAGCGCAAGGCGGUGCUGGCGCCUGCGGCGCCUCCGACGCCGGAGCCUGCGGCGCCGGCUGCGGCGGUCGCGGCGGAGGUGUGGGAGAGGAGCCGCUCGCGCUCGAAGGGCGUCCGCGAGAAGAAGAAGGCGAAGAAGGGCAAGCUGAAGAAGCGCCGGAACCGCGGGCGCCUCCGCGCAGCCUCCAGCUCAGACAGCGGCGAAGCCGUCGCCGGGCGCCGGCAGAGAGCUUCCAGCACGAGCAGCGCGGAGAAGCCCAAAUGUGGGCUGCUGGACAUGUCGGCGCUGAGCUGGUUGGACUUCUAG